AUGGCCUCCCUUUCUCGGUUCCUUUCGAAGGCAGCAGACAAGUCGCUCCCCUUGUUCCAAUGUUUGAGGAAAAAUGACAAGUUUGCGUGGACAGAUGAAUGUGAGAGAGCAUUCGGCGAACUCAAGCAGGCUCUCACCUCACCGCUAAUACUCUCCAAACCGCAGGCCGAUCUCCCCUUACUGAUGUAUCUGUCGGCAUCCGAUAGCGCCAUCAGCACAGUCUUAGUACAGGAAACAGGUAACUCACAAUUGCCCGUUUAUUUUGUUAGCAGGGUCUUACAAGGAGCAGAGGUCCGUUAUCAGAAGAUAGAAAAGUUAGCCUUGGCGAUACUGGUCACGGCAUGCAAGCUGAGACAUUAUUUCCAGAGUUAUGAGGUCGUAGUCCGGACAGACCAUCCGAUCAGGCAAGUGCUGCAGAAGCCCGACUUGGCAGGAAGGAUGAUGAAGUGGUCUGUGGAACUAUCAGAGUAUUCCAUCAAGUACGAGCCGAGAGGAGCAAUCAAAGCUCAAACGCUAGCCGACUUCGUGACGGAACUAACCUCACCAGCCGAUGAAGGUAGUACCGAAGAGACACAGUGGAUCUUAUCAGUAGACGGAGCUUCAAACCUUGGGGGAAAUGGAGCAGGGAUCGUCCUGGAAGGACCAGGAGGUAUUUUAUUGGAACAAUCAUUACGGUUCGAGUUCCGAGCAAGCAAUAACCAAGCCGAGUACGAAGCGUUGUUGGCCGGCAUGACACUGGCAAAGGAAAUGGGAGCGACGAGCCUAUCAGCCCGGAGUGACUCCCAACUGAUCACAAGGCAGGUAGUCGGCACCUUCCAGGCAAAGGACCCUCAACUGGCCAAGUACCUGGAAAAGGUUAGGCUCUUAUCGGAAAAUUUUCGAGAGUUCACUCUUAACCACGUCCCCCGAGAGCAAAAUUCGAGGGCCGACUUGCUCUCCAAACUUGCAAGCACAAAGAAACCAGGAACUACUCGGUCAGUCAUUCAAGAGACGCUAGCACAACCAAGUAUAAACCAGGUGCAAGGGAACGUCCUGUUCAUCCAAGAAGAGCUUAACUCGUGGAUGGGACCGUACAUCGCAUAUCUAACUCGGGGGGAGUUACCAGAAGACAAGAGGGAGGCGUCGUUGGUGCAAAGGGAAUCGGCCAGGUUCGUAGUCAUCAACGAAAGACUGUACCGAAGGGGCUUCAGCUCUCCCCUCUUAAGAUGUUUGACCAUGCCGCAAGCAAAGAGAGUAAUGGAUGAGGUACACAGUGGAAUGUGCGGAAGCCAUAUCGGAGGCCGAGCUCUGGUAUGGAGUCCCUCAAAUGCUCGUUUUCGAUAA